UUCGAUAUUCACUGCCAGUACCUAGAAAUCUACACCACACGUUACGUGAAGUAUAGAUUUUUAGUGCUGGCAGUGAAUAUCGGGACGUUGUUUCUGUAAAUAACAGAUUUUCGAACCUAACCUGAAUAGUUGUCAACUUUAACGCUUAGAACCGAAAAGGUCUGUAUUUUAUCCUCCAAUAACUCGCUUUGGAUCCUUUGGAUUUUGUUGCCGGCCGUCUCAGGUGCGAAGACGUGUGAAAAUCACUCUGUUCGCUCUGGUCACAUUGACCGUGAUUGGAUUGCAGAUAAGUACUGUGAAUUGUUGCUUGGGUUUCUAGAGAAUUAGAGUAAUUGUAAUUUAAGAGAGCGUUAAAAAGAAAGUUUUUUUAAAUUUUACUAUUAUUUUUUUUUCUUUUUGUUCAUUGUUCAAACUUGGAUAACGGUGAGUGCCUAACCCGACGAAUCAGCAAAUGGGAUCCAAAAUUUCUGGAUUCUUUCUUAAGAUUUCGGAAAUUUCGGGACCCUCUUGUCGGGAGAAUAAAGAUUUUAGCAAUCUAAAUAAUGAUAAAAUAGUAUAUACAAAAGGAGAAUACGAUAAAUUUAUCUCUCAACAGAUUAUAGAGUAUAGAUGUGGAUCAUGAACAGAAGAGAAGCGAGACGACGGAUAGAUCUCCGUCAAAUAUAGAUAAAACAUCUUAAUUUUGAGAACAGUUAAGAAAUUGCGAGCUUUGCGGAAGAAAGUAGUAAUUUCGAGAAAAAAUCAGUAAAUAAAGACGUUAUAAUUGUAAAAUUGUCUAAGAUAGUGAUGUAGAGAUUACAGUGUAUUUAUAUUGAAGAAACCAAAAGUUAUACGUUGCGUGACACACGGAACAUAAAACAUAACUAUAGCGUCACGUUCGGAAACAGCACACGUGUACACACGAGCAUCAUUCUAUCUUUGUUUUAUAUAUAAUGAGUAAUAAAGAUAAAAUAUACAUUAGUGAUGUUUCCGAACGCAGCUUAGGUGUAAAUAGUAAUAAAGUCAGAUAUUGAGGUUGCUGAUAAAGAUAGUUCUACAAAUGCGGUCAAAGAUUAUAAUGUAUCGAAUGAAAAAAAAUAAAAUUAAGUCUAAAGAAUCAAUGAUCAAUAUGCCAACUAAUAUACAUGUGGAAAAGAGAUAUGAGGAUAUAAUAAAGUCACAAAAUGAUGACAGAUUGUAUAGAGGCUUAGUACUUACUAAUAAAAUGAAAGUACUUUUAAUAAGUGAUCCAAUAACUGACAAAAGUGCUGUUGCAUUGGAUGUUAAUAUUGGUUAUAUGUGCGAUCCAGAUGAUCUGCCUGGAUUAGCUCAUUUCUGUGAACAUAUGUUGUUUCUAGGAACAGAGAAAUAUCCUCAACAGAAUGAUUACCUCAUGUAUUUGUCCCAGAAUGGUGGUAGGAGUAAUGCAACAACAAUCAUGGAACAUACUUACUAUUAUUUUGAUAUAAAUCCAGAGAAGUUAGAAGGUGCUUUAGAUCGAUUUGCCCAAUUUUUCCUAAAGCCACUCUUCACAGAAACCUUGACUAAGCUAGAACUGAAUGCCAUAAAUUCAGAACAUGAAAAAAAUUUAGCAGUAGACUCCUGGCGAUUUACUCAAGUGGAAAAAUCCUCAUGUCCUGAUCAUUCGUUUUCAAAAUUUAGCACGGGCAAUAAGCAAACGUUAGACAUAAUACCUAAACAAAAGGGUAUUGAUAUCAGAGAAAGGUUACUCGAAUUCCAUGAAAAAUAUUAUUCCGCAAAUAUCAUGGCGUUGUGUAUUCUAGGUAAAGAAAGUUUAGAUGAACUUGAGAACAUGGUAGUUAACCUUUUUUGGGAAGUGAAAAAUAAGGAAAUUAAAGUUCCAGAAUGGCCUGAACAUCCAUUCAAGGAUGAACAUUUUCGUACUAAGUGGUAUAUUGUUCCGAUAAAAGAUAUGAGAACUCUAAAUAUGUCAUUUCCUUUGCCUGAUAUGCAACAAUAUUAUCGUUCUUUGCCUGCACAAUAUGUUUCCUACCUGCUUGGACACGAAGGUGAAGGAUCGUUAUUGUCAGCUUUAAAGGCCAAGAGUUGGUGUAACUCUUUAGUAUGUGGAAAACGUGAUGGCGCCAAAGGCUUUGAUUUUUUCAAUGUUGUUAUGGAUCUAACAGAGGAGGGUGUUAAGCAUAUUGAUGAUAUCGUUACGAUGACGUUUCAAUACAUUAAUAUGCUUAAGAAAACUGGACCGAUUGAAUGGAUUUUUAAUGAAUAUAGAGAUAUCGCAAAUAUGAACUUUCGUUUCAUAGAGAAAUGCUCUCCUUAUAUUUAUGUGAAAACAAUAGUUCAAGCAUUACAAAGAUAUCCUAUGAACGAAGUUUUGUGUGCGGAAUAUAUUUACACAGAGUGGCGACCUGACGUAAUCACUGAAAUAAUGGAGUAUCUGACUCCACAAAAUAUUAGAAUUCAUGUGGCUGCAAAAACAUAUGAAAAUAUAGCAAACGAGACCGAAACAUGGUACGGUACUAAAUAUAAGAAAGAGAAGAUACCAACAGAAGUAAUUAGCAUGUGGGAGAAUGUUAACGAAAAUCCAGAGUUACAGUUGCCUUCCAGGAAUGAAUUUAUAGCAACUCAAUUUGAUAUCAAGGACGAAGCUAACAUAGAAAAAUUUCCUACGAUUAUAGAAGAUACACCGUUUGUAAGACUUUGGUUUAAAAAAGAUGACGAAUAUCUUGUGCCACGAGCUAAAAUGAUAUUUAACUUUACCAGUCCACUUGCUUAUAUGGAUCCCAUUAGUUGCAAUUUAAUUCAUAUGUUUGUCUAUUUAUUUCGUGAUUCUCUCAACGAGUAUGCAUAUGCUGCCGCUUUGGCUGGUUUACAAUGGACACUUGAAGUCACCACAUAUGGAAUAACACUUAAAAUAAGUGGAUAUGAUGAAAAACAGCGUGUGCUAUUAGAAAAAAUUAUGGAUCGAAUGAUAAACUAUAAAGUUGAUCCAAAAAGGUUUGAAAUUCUCAAAGACCACUAUAUCAGGACCUUGAAAAAUUUUACAGCAGAACAACCAUUUAAACAUUCACUCUACUAUCUUGCAGUUCUCUUAUCUGAGAAUGUUUGGGUCAAGGAGGAAUUAUUAGAAGCAACUGCUUAUCUAAGUGUUGAUAGAAUUCAACAGUUUAUAUCUCAAUUUCUUAAUAAAGUGCACAUAGAAUGUUUAAUACAUGGUAACGUAACUAAAACAGAAGCCAUAGACAUAAUUAGGUUAAUUGAAUUUAAGUUGACAAAUACAUUCUCUCAUAUGGUGCCAUUGUUACAACAACAAUUAAUAUUAUCACGUGACAUUAGGCUAGAAGAUGGUUGUCACUUUCUGUUUGAGACAAAAAAUACAUUACAUAAAAGUUCUUGUACAGAGGUAUAUUAUCAAAGUGGUUUGCAGUCUACAGAGUUAAAUAUGCUUUUAGAACUUAUAGCACAAAUUAUUUCGGAACCUUGCUUUAAUAUUCUAAGAACCAAGGAACAAUUAGGGUAUAUAGUAUUUAGUGAUGUGUGUCAAACAAAUGGAGCUCAAGGUUUGCGAGUUAUAGUUCAAAGUGAUAAACAUCCUAAAUAUGUUGAGAAACGAAUUGAUUUAUUUAUGAAAUCUAUGUUGAACCAUAUAUUAACCAUGUCGGAAGAACAGUUCGAGACACAUAAAAAAGCUCUAGCUACAUUACAUCUUGAGAAACCAAAAAUGUUGUACGAUCGAUGCAAAAUAUUCUGGAGCGAGAUUAUAAGUCAACAGUAUAAUUUUGAUCGGGCAAAUAUUGAAGUAGCUUAUUUAAAAACCAUAACACAGCAACAGUUACUUAAAUUUUAUAAGGAAACAAUAUUUAGCGAAGCUCGACAUAAAUUAUCAAUACAUAUAAUAUCCACAACAGAUGACACACCGACAAAUGACAAUAUGUAUGAUGAUGAUAACAAAACUGAUGAAAUCUCCGAUAUACCAGACAAUGAAGAAAUCAAAAAGAUAGAUGAUAUUUUGUCGUUUAAACUUAGUCAAUCGUAUUACCCUGUACUGAAACCAUUUAACGAAUUUCCAAGAAAAGGCAUACAUUCAUCAAAAUUAUGAACAUAUAAAUAGUAUAUAAAUAGUAUAAUAAAAACAAAACUUGAUAGCGCUUGAAGUAGCACGUAAGCAACAUUUAAGCAUUUAAAUAUCAGUAAAAAUUUAUUUUGUUUGAUAGAAAAAACUAUGCAAAUUAUUUUUAAAAUUAAAGUAAUAGGAUUGAUUAUUAUCAGUAUUCGUUACAAUCGGAUAAGUGAAGGCUGUGCCCGAGCAGUGCGGCUAGCGUAGACAGUAUAUCUGUGUUGAACAUUUAAUUGAUUUAAAGUUUACUUCAUUACAACAAUCAAUAAUCUAAUUGAAUAAAUUUUUAUACAUAACCAUAAUUACUUUAAUCGAUUAAAGAAAUUAUACUUAGUAAUUAGUGUAAUAUUAAAUCAAAAUCAAUUAAUUUCCCAAUAAACAAAUCGCUAACAAAUUGUGGUUGCAAAUUGUUGUGCUAACAAAUUUAUAUUGGCUAUAAAUUCGAACGGAAAACCGUAAUUUGGUUAGUUAUUAAAUAUGAUCUGCUGCUCAAAAUAAGCCAGUUUUAAGCGUUUCCAUAAACAUACUUCAACAUGUAUGAGUUUAAUCUUAAUUUUCAAAUAUAUCAUUUUAAUCUUAUUUAAAAUUAUUGCGUUGUUGCGUUAUCCGUAUGUAUUCCAUUUAUAUAUCGAGUAUAGUUUAAUGUAAUUUAAUUCAAUUUAAAAAUAAUAUAUAAAAUUGUAAUAUGUAAUAUUACUGUGACAUUAUCUAUGUUUGAAUAAAUAAAAAAAGCAACUUAAAAUCUAAAUAAUUUCUAAUUUAAUUUAUAAAGGCCAUAUGAAUAGGAUGACGGUUAGCGAGCUAAAGUAUGUACCUGCGUCUCCAUUAAAUUAUCCAUAUAUAAUUUGAUACCAGCUAACAGAUUCAGUUAAGUAGUUGAGAAAAUUCGAUACAACGAAAUAUCAUCUCGAUCAGGGCUCGAAUCUGGAUCAUUUUUAUAUCGUUAGAUGGAGCGCGUCUUCAGGUACGAUACCAAGGCACUUGAUGAUAUUACGCAAUAAACUAUAUAAAGCAUGUAUUAUAUGUUCUUAUUGUUUCUCUUUCAUUUUGCAUAGUAAUAUUAAUAUGGUGUGACAUAUACAUGACGCUCAAUAACUCGUAUGAUCUGAGUCUUGAAAAUUAAAACACGUCAUAAUACAAGCAACUAGCUAUAAUGUCAUAUGAAAUAAAACCGUGUUUAAAAAUUAAGUUGAAUCUAAAAAAAACUAAGUUUAACAGAUAAAAAACUUGGUUUAGGUACAUUUAUGGAAAAGCUUAUAUCAACAGUUUCAUUUGGAGUAACAGACUAGGACAUUGACAAUCAUAUAUUAAAAUUUGCAAAAUUAUAAUGUAUCGUAGUGUGAAUUUUUAUUUAUCUUAAUUAAAUAACAAAAAUCGAUAAUUGAAGUCUAGUUGAUUUAUACAUAGCCGUUCUGUAUCUCAGCUGGAGUAACAAAAAAAUUUAGUUACCAUAUUUUUUAAAUGUAGUUUAUGCAUUGCUCAGUAUGGUAUAAUACAAUUCUAUUGUUCUGGUUGCGAUACGGCAAACACAAAACGGCUGUGUAUAAAUGGAUCUUAUAUAUAGUCUCAGUAAAAUAUAUAUAUAUAUAUAUUUCCACCAGGAAAAUUCAUCUCUUUAUUUUAUUUUAUUUUAUUUUUUUUACUUUUAUAAAGUUUAUAUUUACGCGCACUAACCUGCGACAUUAGGCACAGGGAAAAUCCUGAUUUGUACGUGAUGUUUUAAUAUCACGUAAGAAUAUUCUUCAUAUAUACUGUGAUUAUUGAACAUGUUGAUAAGUAAAUGAAUAUAUGUUGCGUUAAUCUCUUAUUUUUUUGUUUUAUUAAGCCUACGAUGCUUUUUGUCGUGCUAGAUUGCAUGCCGGCGUCACAAUUUGACAAUUCUUCGAUUUUCAAUCAUAAUUAGUCAAUUCUGGCGCUUGCAUGCAAUCUAGCACAAAAUUAAAAACAUUAUGUACUGCAGGCUUCUUACUUCUAAAUUAAAAAAAAUUAAAGAGAGCUUCUAUUUAUAAUAAAAUUGUGCAAGUAUAUAACUUAGAGAAAAAAAUAUGAAUAAUUCUUUAAUCAACAAAAAAUCUCUAUCAGGAAUAAACUUAUAUGGUAAAAUAAUAAGAAUAAUAACACUGAUAAUUACUUUAACGCAAGUAACGUAACAUCAAUAAUAAUAAAAAUAGUGCGUGUACAUAAAGGAGCAAUAAAUUGGUUUUAUAAAAGAAAAAAAGAGUUCUUCACUAUGCGCAAUUUUUUUACAAUUGCUGUCUAUAAGAAUCUAUUGGAUAUGUCUGCUGUAUUGAUCAAAAGCACGAUUAUAGGUUUUUCUUGUUUUUCGUACUUAUUGCUCUGAUUUGUAAACGCGCUUUUAUAGAAUAAAAGAAAAUAAUAUGAGGACUUCCGUCAAAAUUUAAAUCUAUCAAAAACAGAAAAAUUGUUUUUAACUUAGUUUUACCUUAUUUAUAUUUGUACUUGAUACAAAAGAUUAAGAGAUAAUAUACAAAAUUGAACAAGUUAACAAUGUAGGAUAAACAUUCAAGAGUAAUGAGACCAUUAGUGUGUCUGGCUGUGUGUGUGUGAUUUAGAGUGUAUAACACAGAAAUAUAUAACGCAAAAUACGUGACUUUUUAGUGACUUGCAAGCUUUAACUCUUCAACUCGCUUAUACGCCGAUGCAAAAUACGUCUUGACUAACAUAACUUCUUUUUACAUAAGUUAGUCUUUUUUUUCUAACGACAUUUUGAUGUCACUUGUGUCGAUAACAGUAGUCACGAGUCACGACAUAUACGUAUAUAAUAUGCUCCAGUAAUCUCUUAAUUGCUAAGAACUGGUGAAAAAUAGCGCAAAAAGAGAAGCUCUUCCUCUCUUGUAAAACCAAUUCAUUGCUUCGUUGUGUACAUUAUACAGUAUAGUACAUACACACAUACACAUAUACAUACACACACUUAUAGUGUAUAUAUAUAUUUAUAUACACAAAUAAUAGUAAUUCAUUCUCUUGAUAAGUAGAUAAUUCUCUAUACAAUCAUUUAUCUCUUAAAUAAGAAGACAAUUCUUGUAAACAAUUGGAUCAAUUUACAAAUGCUUUUCUAUUACUAUUUAAUUCAAAUUGUGUUGUUACAUCGGUCAUAGAUUGAAACAUUUUCUUGAAUAAUACACUGAUGCAAAACUUCUUUGAAAUUUUUUUGUAAGAGGUUAUAUUUUAAAUUUAGGAAAACUUUUGAGACGCGCAAAAUAAUGUAUUAGAAUUUUAGAAGUUUUUUCAAAAAUAAAAAUAAAAAAUCUUAUUUUAGUUCAAAACUUACUAACAUUUACGAACUUUGGAGAAAUUUUUUGAUAUUUAUAUUUUCAUAUAUAAAUCUUCUUGUUUCUAAAUUCUUUUUGAAAAUGCUUAAAAACUGUUCAUAUUUUCAUGUAAGAAAAAUAUGAGAAAAAAAUGGAAAUUAUAUAGAAAGAAAAUAAAACAAUUUUGAGAAUUUUU